CCGCCGCUAGCAGGAUGUCAGCUUACAACUGCUCAUUCGAUUUAAUGGCCGAGACAGGCGAGUGGCUUUGUCCUCCAGGGGGAAAGUGUCCAAAUCUGACCUCUGAUGUGAACAGCAGCCGUACAGAUCUGGUUGACACUUGUCUGACAAUGGAGGAGUACUUGGAAAAAUAUCUGGGUCCCUGUCGAUCGCCCGUGUUCCUCCCGGUCUUUCUCAUCUACCUUGUCAUCUUUGUGGUGGGUGUGGUGGGAAAUGUGCUGACUUGCACCGUCAUCGCUCGCAACAAAGUGAUGUGGACACCAACAAACUACUACUUGUUCAGCCUGGCCGUGUCAGACCUGCUGGUGCUGCUGCUGGGCAUGCCGUUAGAGCUGUACGAGCUGUGGCAGAACUACCCGUUCCUCCUGGGGAAGGGUGGCUGCUACUUUAAAACAUUCCUGUUCGAGACCGUUUGCCUGGCAUCCAUCCUUAAUGUGACGGCACUAAGUGUGGAGCGUUACAUCGCUGUCAUGCACCCACUUCGUGCAAAAUAUGUCGUAACACGCACCCAUGCCAAGAGGGUCAUCCUUAUAGUGUGGAGUGUUUCAGUGUUGUGUGCUUUACCCAACACCAGUCUACAUGGGAUCACAGUGCUUCACGGUCACUCCACCGGCCCUGCUGGAAAUACUGACUUUGAGAUUGCUGACUCAGCUAUCUGUACGCUUGUGAAACCACACUGGAUGUAUAAGCUGACCACCCAAGUGACCACUUUGUUGUUUUUCAUCCUGCCCAUGCUCACCAUCACCGUCCUCUAUAUGCUCAUUGGGCUGCAGCUGAAGCAGGAGAAGAUGCGCCAAGCUCUGCAGGCUAAAUCAGGCUUUGCACAAGACAGCUUCUGUAAUGUUCGGUCACAGCAGCAGAAGGCGCGGCGUCGACAGGUCACGAAAAUGUUGUUUGUCUUGGUGGUGGUUUUUGGAAUCUGCUGGGCACCAUUUCACACUGACCGCCUCAUGUGGAGUUUCAUCAGCGACUGGACCGACAACCACUUAGAAAUCUUCGAGUAUGUUCACAUCAUCUCAGGGGUGUUUUUCUAUCUCAGCUCAGCAGUCAACCCCAUCCUCUAUAACCUCAUGUCUACACGCUUCAGAGAAAUGUUCAAGGAGGUCAUGUGUCACCGGCAACAUCAUCAUACCCCCAGGAAACACUCGCUCAGUGUCACACGGGUGACACUCCGCAGCACCCUAAGUGAUGCCCCACAUAACAACGGUGCGGCUGUUGUUGAAGCUGAGGCAGAAGAUGGAGAGGUCAGGAUAAAAGAUGAGUCCAGCUUUUAA